UCUUGUCGAGUGGUUAGAGGAAGAGCGGCAGUUAGCUUGUAAGCUCACUGCCACAGUGCUCAAGUGGAUAUCUGUCAGCUAGCUGUAGCAGCUCCCCCAAAGUGAGCUGGUCCAACACGGCGACAGGCUAAACUUCCCCGAGUUUGACACGUUUCUCUGUUCGGUCGGUGGAUUAUAUUGUGUUUUUGAACGGCCGACGGACGGUGCGGUUUUGUUUACAUCAUGAUGCUGCACAAGCUGGUGCCAAGGUAGGGGAAAGAAGUAGCUAACAUUAGCAGAGUUAGCUAGUGAGCGAGAAAUAUAUGCUCUAGCUGAAAAGGUAAGAGUGGGUUGAGAGAACGGGCCCGCCUCAGACUAAAGUGCUGGUAGCAGCUGGUGAGCAAGAACUGCGACAGGGGCCUGCUUACAACUCCGGAGCCGGGACAGUGUGUCACCGAGAAGGCCGAGCAGGUAGCGAAGUAUCCGGAGGAGGGGAGCGACAGUCGGCUGUGUGCUGUCACCAGGGGACCGCAAGCUAAGCUCGCCCUGACAGAGGAAUAACCCAACAUUUCGGGACUUUCAGAGGCUCGUUGUCACACUUUUCUAUGAUGACGAGUAAGACUGUGGAGGCAAUGUGUGUGCUUCGCACUUAUCAACUGUGAAUAUCCCAAGAUAUUUAUCCAACACUUGGUUUCAUCUGGGAAUAGACGAAAUAGACUUAAUAUUCAACAUGUCGAAAAUGCCAGCAAAGAAGAAGAGCUGUUUCCAGAUCACGAGUGUGACACAGGCUCAGGUGGCGGCCAGCAGCAUCACUGACGACACCGAGAGUCUGGACGACCCGGACGAGUCCAGGACGGAGGACGUGUCAUCGGAAAUCUUCGACGUUUCCCGGGCCGACUUGGGCGUGUGUGACAGGAGUUCAUCCGAGGAAACCUUAAACAACGUAGGGGAGCCACAAGAGGGUCAGCCAGCCGCUGCAGGUCCUGUCAACGGGGGGUUUCCUGUUAAAAGUAUAGGCACUGCUCAUACUAGCCCACAUGUUUUAGGAGGAAGUGUGCCUGUGCCAACUGCGACUCAGGCCUCUGGUCCAAGCUCAGCCACCCAGCCGUUAACAGUCAUCAACACAAACCCUACUGCGCCUGUCUCUGCCGGUGUGGCUCACACGACCCCUGUGGGCACCAGCUCUGCAUCAACGGUGAGCUGUAGUUCUCGUUUCAGGGUCAUUAAACUUGACCACGGUACUGGAGAGCCCUUCCGGCGGGGCAGGUGGACAUGCACUGAGUUCUAUGAGAGAGAUUCAGAAGGCUCAAGUGUUAGCCGGACUGUGGAUAGUAUAAAGCACGCUGUGACCCUCGAUCACAAUUUGGAAAGGGACAGUGGACUGGGUGUCACCGGCAGUGUCUCCGCCGUUGUUCCCAGUGCCGUCUCUGCACAGGCUCCUGAGUCCACUGCAGACAGUGGCUACUCAGCCGCACACCACACCCAUCCCCCAGAGCCUCUGAAUCAAGGGUACGGCUUAGCCCCUCAGCUAGGGAGCGGAGCAAGUGCCUUCCAGCCCACGGGGUUUUCCACAACAACGUCACCACAAAUACAACAGGCUCAGGUCAAUAUGCAGCCCGUUGCUCCUCAAAACCUCCACCCUAGCAGCCUCAACGGUGUGCCACAAGGUGCCAUGCUGCGUAAAUCCCCCAUCAUGCCUCCUGCCACACAGGCCCAGCAGUUUGCCUACUCAACUCACCCUACUGGCCUCUCAGGUAGCCAGCCGGACUACCGUCAGCAGCACUUUGCCCCUCUCCAGCCACAAGGCUCAAGCACUCAGAACCUUUCCAUGGCCUCCCUCUCUGCAGGGCCUCCAUCCAGCCAGGGCCCCUCGCCUGUCAUCACCCCUGCCGGUCCUGGAGCCCAGGGGCUGGGCAUUGUGGCUCAGGGUGGGGAGGCAGCCUCAGCCCAGGGCCUCCUGCUCCAGGUGGGCAGCGGCACAGCCAUGGCGCCCAUACCACCAGGAAGUGGCCUCCACCAGCCUGUCAGCCAGUCUCAACCUUCAGGCGGUGUAGGCGUUGCCCCUGCACCUUCAAUCACCGCCGCUGCCUCCCACAGCAGUGUCCAGAAUGUGCCUGCCACAGUGCCCAGCGUAACCGGUACCCCCCCAGGCAUGCCAAACCAGGCGUCUGGGGCAGGAGGUCUUUUCCAGGCCCAGGGAGCUCGUGGAGGGGCCCCAGCAGGACUUCCCUCGGGCUUCAGUAACCAGGCAGAAGACAACAGGCGGAAGUCUGAUGCUCUACCUCAGCCCAGCGCCGUGCCAGGGAAAGAUGGCAUGAAGCCUUUUAUCCCUGAGAGCCUCAACCUGCCCACUCCCACAGUCAACAGCCUGUUUGGCAUCCAUAUUCCUAUAGAUGGAGACGAGGACAGGAACCCGUCCACUGCUUUCUACCAAGCUUUCCGGCCUAGCAGGUUACGAGGGUCAAAGCCCAUCAACGAUAGUGCAUCCGGUGCCAGCGUCGUUGCCAUUGAUAACAAGAUUGAGCAGGCGAUGGACUUGGUGAAGAGCCACCUGAUGUACGCCGUACGUGAGGAAGUGGAGGUGUUGAAGGAGCAGAUCAAGGAGCUGUACGAGAGGAACUCGGUGCUGGAGCGCGAGAACGCCGUGCUGAAGUCGCUGGCCAACACAGACCAGCUCAGCCAGCUGUCCAGCCAGCUCAGCUCAGCCGGCAGCACCUCACCGCCACAGCAGCAGCAGCAGCACCCCGCCGCUGCCGCCCCCGCCAGCACCAACACAAACCCCCCGCUGGCCCACCACGAGGGGGGGCAGAGCAUCCCUCAUCAGCCCAACGUCACCUCAGCGUGAUCCCCUCCCCCUCAACUGCACACACUUAAACACACACCUUCCACAGACAGGAGUGGAGGACCCUGUCAUAAAAGACAACAGCUACUACCGUCCCCUUAGCUCCUUAAAGCAAAAGGCUCCACUCUGCAUUUGAUAUGCUCUAUUUGAGGGGGUGGGGAGGGGGGGGUGAUCCCGGCAGCGUCAUCCUCGUUCACUACCCCGUCUUCAACUCACGUGAAGAGCCAUGCUUCAGUGUGCGCGCUGCUGUCGCUGGGCCUAUUAAUACAGUCACCAUCCUGUGAAAAGUCACCGUCUUCUGGCCCGGGCACCUCGGGGCGAGGAAGCUGGCUGGAAAAUAGAGGGUGAGGGUUGGGGUGCGAGCGCAGCGAAAACCUUUUCUUGUGCAGGAGAGGGGUGAAGAGAGCUUCAUUUUGGUGGCAGGGGAACAACAGGUGGAGAAUCCCCGGGAGGGACGGCGAGGCGAGAAGGGUCCCGUAAAAACAUCCAGGACCAACCUUGGACUGUCCUCCCCCAAUCCACCACCCCCCACCCCCCACAUCACCCCUGGGCCGGAAGUGGCUAGACGGGCAGCGGAAAGCACUCACUUUCCCGAAGCAGAGGAAAAGGAGGGGUGGGGUCAAGAGCGUCGGCUUGUUUUAUGCUGCAACAAGAGCUUGUGUUGUUUUCUCAGAGCCACCAUAUUUUGACAUGAAUCAUUAAUACUUACAUUAGUUCAGUUUUACUGUUUGCAUUUAUUUAUUUCAGGGCUGCUAUUUUCGUAAUGUAAAUGAACAAUGUCACGAAAAUACUUAUAUUAUUAAAAGAAAAAAAAGAAAACUUUCUCUUUGGUCUUUUGGUAUGUUAGAAUCGGUCAGGUAUUAAAUUGGUAGUCUGUUGCAACAAGUAGAUCCCAAGUAGGCAAUAAGUUCCAUAAUAGACCUUUUUUUCUCUCUCUCUCAUGAAAUAGUGCUAACACUAAAGGCCGAACUUCUAUUAGGUGAAAUCCAGGUUGAAUGUACAUUUUUGUAAAGUGUAAAGUAUUAAGAGCGAGAGGAGGGUUUGUACAGAGGAACGCCUGUUGUUGUUGAGAAAUGAAAUAUGGGAUGGGAUGUUUCGUUAAAGCAAACUAUUAAUUUACUUUUUUUUGCUAGAGUUUCUUUGUCAAAAAUUAAAUGAAUUGCCAUACUUGCCCCGACCUUUUAGGAUUCUACUUGUGCAUAUUUUCUCUUUGGGAUGGGGGGUUGGGGGGUGAAAAGCUGUGAAAAAAUUGUUUGACCUACUUUAUAACCAAAGAUGCGAAGCUGUGUAAGUCUUUUUAUUUUCCCAUUUUUAAAUGCACACUCUGUAUUUUUUUUCUACUUCCUCCUUCCCUUCAUUGUUUUUGUUGCUGUUUAGCAUGUUCUGCAUGAUCUAUAAUCAAACCACUUUCUUACCUCAUGUUUUUAUCCAGCACUCUUACUGUUCUGUCAAGUUGUAAGUCUGUGAACGAUGGUGGGAGAAUCUAUGAAAAGAGAAAGGGAAAGAGGAGAGGAGAAGGGCGGAGUAAGUCAAACAAGAAGAAAGGAAAAGGAGAAAAAAAGGAAUGAAAAGUGACCAUGUCAGACGGAGGGAUGGAGGGUCUAGUGCACAACACACUAGUCAGAAAAGGAGCCAUCUUUUUUGUUUUCAUGUAAAUGCUGUUCUAGAAUUUCAUAUGCAGAGAAAGUUUUGUUACAUUGCAGAUUUUAAUGUAUUUAAUGAAUGCAACGUUUAGAUUCCGAUUGUAGUGUACCAACACGUACUUUGCUUACAAAAAAAAGAUGAUAUCUGGAAAAAAAAAAAAACUCUCUGAGACACACACACACACACA